AUGGAGGGUGCAAACUGCCCGGAAGCGAGCCUUGUUGCACGCCCUUUCUGGAGAGGGCAGAGCCCCCCACCCUGGAAGGAGGAGGAGGGGCAGCAGCAGCAGCAGCACCAACCUUGCGCCCGGGGAAAUCCGGGCCUUCCUCAGGAGGCUGCGGAGAGAGAAUCCUUCCAUCAAGAGCGAUGCGCGGUGAUCACCAAGGUUGUGUGUGACAAACUUCUCGCGGAGCAGCCGGCCUUCCAGGGCUGUUUGGGCAACGUGGCGGCCUUUGUCCUGGAGCAAGGGGCGGCUGACAGCCAGGGCGCCUGCAAGGAGACCUACGAGCUGGUGGCCCUGGGGGCAGGAGACGUUUGCUAUGAGGGCUGGAUGGAAUUCGACGGCCGGAAACUCCAUGACUUGCAUGGCCUUGUGGUGGCCCGCCGGGCCCUGAUGAGAUAUUUCUACAAGCAGCUCCUGCUAUGCUGUAGCCAGGAUCCGGCCGCGUUCGAGCAGGGCAUCUUUUGCCCGGUGGAAGGUGGGGAACCCCUAAGAUUGAAGCCCCGGUGCUACCUGCAUCUCUACCUGAGCCAAAUGCCGCACGGAGCAAUGAAAAAACUCCACACCCCUUUGCUGAAGUCCAACCCUUCGGUCGAUCUGCACGUCAACAUCAAAGGGCGGCUCAAGCCCGUCUCGCAUUGCAGCCCUACCAUGCUGUCCACCCACGUCUACUGUGCCUCCGGCAGUGACAAGCUGACCCGCUGGACCGUCCUGGGAGUCCAAGGGGCCCUGCUCAGCCACUUCCUGCAUCCCGUGUACAUCACCAGCAUUGUCCUAGCUGACCCUUAUCACAACCACGACAUUCUCUAUUGGGUCCUCAACGAGCAUUUGCACCCGGGACCGGAAGAUGGCUUCCCCGAACCGUACGGUCACAAGAAGAUCUACCUCUUCGAAGGGCCCCCCAUGGCCCCCCUCAGCUCCCCGACAGAAUGCGGCGCGCUGAGCCUGAACUGGUGCGCAGGAGACGAGAUGCUGGAAUGUGUGAACGGAGCUGUCGGGAAGGCCGAAAGGGACAUUGCAAAUCCAGGAGGCGGGUCCCGACCUAGCCGGCUCUGUAAAGCCGCCAUGUUGAAAUCCUUCCGGAAGGUGGCCCAGGAGAUGAAGAGAGAGGACCUGAUGUUGCUAUCCCCGUAUCAUGAAGCCAAGGUUCAAGCCACAGCUUACCAGCGUGCAAAGCUUCAACUAUACACCCACUUGAGUGUACGGGAUUUGAGCAAGUGGCCUCAAAAGCAGCUGGUGGACAAUUUUUGCAGAUAGACUGGCUUGGGUAGCUGAAGAUCCCCUCCAGCCAAUGGAUAGGAGCAAGUUCCAACGAGAUCUUGUUCUCAGUUUCGUUCCCUAAAUUAUGGGAUUGUUGAUGUUUAGUGAGUUUCGACCCAAGAUAUGUAAAACUAGCUGGUUUCAACAAGCCGGAAGUAUGGUGAACUACAAUUUUUGGUUUCAGGCCUAAUGUUCAGAGAAGAUGAAACUGGUGAGCAGAAAUGGAGGCUGUCCUCGUAGGUCUUCCUUCAGCAAAAGACCCCCUGAAUUUAUCUAGAACAGGUGUCUCCAAACGUGGCACCUUUAAGACUUGUGGACUUCACCUCCCAGAAUUCCCCAACCAGCUUCUGAGAGUUGAAGUCCAGCAGUCUUGAAAGGUGCCAAGUCUGGAGACGCCUAUUCUAGAAUCUGGAUCUGUAAUGUUUUGCACUGGUGUGGCACUUAAUACCUGAAAAAGUCACAGAAAAGAGAGCAGGACAUCAUGAAGAAACACUGCGCUUCCUUUGGAAAAACCCACAUACUUCCAAAGAGCAAAUUUUGAAGUUAU